CGCGACGCGGCGACGAUCCAGCCCCUGCGGAAGACGGGGAACCUGCUCCUCUGCACGCUGCUCCUGGGCAACACGCUGGUCAACGCGAUGAUCGCGAUCCUGCUGAGCGACAUGACGAGCGGCGUCGUCGGCGGCCUCGUGACGACGGCGCUCAUCGUCGUCUUCGGCGAGAUCAUCCCCCAGUCCGUGUGCAGCCGCUACGCGCUGCGCAUCGGCGCCAGGUCCGUGCCCCUCGUCUGGCUCUUCGUGGGCGUCUGCUUCGCCGCGGCCUACCCCAUCGCGAAGCUCCUCGACUACGUGCUCGGC